UGUAUUUGUUUUUUGUAUGUAUGUACAUACAUAUUACAUAGUGACUUGGCGUUUGUAGAUUAGUUUAUAAAAAAACAUGUUUUUUAGCGUUAGUGUAGAUAUUUUGUUGUAAUAAACGAUUAUCUAUUUCUUUUUGAAUCAAUCAUAUUUUAUUACUUAAAAUUAGUUUUCUGAAAUUUGAAAGUAUAUUCAAUGAAGGACGUAACCUGAAAAGUAGUUUUGUUAUUGUUAUUAAACAAAAACCAAAAUGUAAUCCGUACUUGGUGAAGCACAUUCGAAAAAAAAUUACAAUAACGAAGAAUAUGUAACUUUAUAUUGAUGGAGUUAAAUGGUAGAAAUGAGAUGUAUCAAGUUUUUAUCAGUGGGUACCGCCUGGCAAAUAUAUCUCAGGGAAAACCGUAUUAUGUGUACAUCAUUGAAAUGGUGGGUUCAAGUAAUGGACAUAGAUAUCUAAUUGAGAAGAGAUACAGUGAAUUUAACACUCUGCAUCGUAUGUUGAAAAAGAAUUGUCCAACUGUUCCAUUUCCUCCCAAGAGAGUAAGAAAUUCAAAUCCAAAAGUUUUGGAGCAAAGAAGAGCUACUCUUGAAAUUUAUAUGCAGAAAAUGUUGAAAUUAUCUAGUACAAGACAGCAAGUUUUAAACUUUUUGGGUAUUGAAGGAGGAGCUUCAGAAGUUUACCAUAGAGGAGUGCAAACAAUUUACAAAGAUGAUGAUCUAAUACAAUCUAGUUCUUUACAUCAUCCAGUAUUAAAAUACCAUUGUGAUCCAUAUGUUCAUGUUAAUGAAACAACCAGUCUUCCAGACAUUGUCACAGAUGGUGUGCUUUUGGGUAUUUAUAAAUCGUGAACAAUUAUACAUGUGAUGAUAUUUACAAAACUUAUAUUAUUUUAUUAAUGUAUUUGAAAAAAGUCAUAUCAAAUUAUGUAUACAAUUUUUUAAUCCCUUACCAUAAGUGAAC